AUGUGCGGCAUUGGCUUGCAUCGAGCAAAGUCGUCGAUGGCCUCGUUGCCUUGGCUACAAACGGAUCAGCGUGCCGCGCUGCGAUCGGACGCACUGCCGGUCCUGGCUCGCCUCGUUCCGCAGCUGGAGCAGUUGGAUCUCUCGGGCGCGCUGCGAAUCGGCGGCGGAGAGCUGGAGUCUCUGCUGGCGAGCGCGAGCUCGCUCAAGUCGCUGAGCCUGGCGCGGGUGCCUGGAGUGACAGACGCAGCCCUCGAGGCGCUGGUUUCCGCUGCGAGCGGGAGCCUGACUGCCAUCGACCUUUUCGACUGCCGCAAGAUCACCGACGCCGGGUUGAGCGCGCUGGCGCAGUGCACGCAGCUGCAGUCGGUGGUCCUCGCCGGGUGCCUGGAUGUGACGGUGACCGGCCUGGCGGCGCUUGCUGAUGGCGCGCCCGGCAUUACCACGCUCUCGCUCGCCGGCCUGCUGCAUCUCUCGGACAGCGAUGUGCUGGAGACGCUCGGCCCGCGGCUGGCGGCGCUGACCUCGCUCGACGUCCGGUUCUGCCGCUCCAUCGAGCUUCGCCACGACAUGGGCGAGCUGUACGAGGCGCUUGCAGCGUCGCGUGCGUAG